AUGAGCACCGUCAACAAGCUCUUCAAUUUCUGGGUUGAGACAAACGAUGUUUUGAUUUCCCCAGGCUACACUUUGGGCACGGAAGUCAGUGCCCUUACUCUCAACGCCGUCUUCGUGACAUAUAUCCAAUAUAUGCUCCAGAUCGGUGGAGAAUGGACCUGGAAAGACUGGAACAGCCAGGAGCUUAUCGCACUCUCCGACAAGUUAAAUCCUGGUAAUGCGACAGCCGACAACUUCGACAUCUCGCCCUUCUACAAAAAGGGUGGAAAACUGAUUCAUUAUCACGGCUACUCGGAUCCAAGUAUUGCAACUGGCUCCUCCUUCUACUUCUUUAAUCACGUUUCCGAAGCCCUAAAGCCGAUGGGUAUCCCAGUUAAUUCGUUCUAUCGCUUCUUUGAUGACCAAAGUGACUCCCUGGCUGGCAACUACUGGGGUGUUCCUGGGUUCAACGAUUACAAGCAUGAUAUCGUUCUGGCUAUCAUGGACUGGGUGGAGAAUGGGACUGCGCCGGAUUAUCUUAUCCCUACUAGGUGGUGGAAGGAUGACCCUGCCGAUGGCGUGGAGAUCCAAAGGCCCAUCUGUCCUCAUCCCCAGCUCGCGCUAUACAACGGCAGUGGUAACGCCAGCCUUUCUGAAAACUGA